AUGUCAAAAUGUCAUAUGUCAAACAUUUAUUAGGUAGCUAAUGUUCUUUUUAAAACGACACGCCUGACGCCAGCGUAAUGUGAAUUUGUAUAAAAUGACUAAGGUAUUAUAAAAUGUUAAAUGAAAACUGAAACAAAUAAUGAUUUCACACUUCUGUAAUUCAAUCUUGUGUCUAAAAGGAAAUACCUUAUAAACUCAAUUUCAACUGAAGUAUACGGUACGGUAUUGGUAGGAGUAUAAUAUUGAGUACUAGCAGCCGCGUAGAACAUGAUACAUACGAGACGAGAUUAAACGGACAUACGCAGGUAACGAUGUGGUCAACAAUAGGAAACGAAGAAAUAUUUAAGUUACCGAGACCUUUGAAGAAUGACGACAUAAUAAGUAUACGUGGAAACAUGACAGAAAAUAAAGAUAACUUGAUCUUUAAUUUAAAAACUGGUAUACCUUCACAAAAUAAUCAAGAUUUUGCCAUACAAAUGAAAAUAGAUUUUAUUGAGGAUAUUAUUACAUUAGUAACAAAUAAUAGUGGACCAAGAGAUCCAGAAAGUCAAAGGCCUUCAAGAAUACUGAACAGUUCCGACUUCAAGUUGAAAUUACAAAUAAGAAAUUAUGAGGAUUCAAUACUUAUAGACAUCGCUAUUGGAGAUUAUUCUCUCGAUUCUUUAGAACUGGAUAGAAAUACAUUAGACAACAUCACAUUUUUUACAAUAAGCAAUGUAAUCAAAGUUGAAGAAUUGACAUUUACUUAUGUGUAAUUUUUUUAAUUAUUAUUUUGUGUAUUUGUUGAUGUAUGAAUACUAUUUUACACCUAAGUAUAUUUUGUGUUGUACUCAACAUGUUUCCAUUAAUUUCAUCAGUAUUAAUUUGUUAAGAACAGCGAGCAUUUUAAAACAAUCUAUAUUAUAGUAAUAAAACAUAUUUUUAAGAAUGAACCCACCCAUGUUAUGUUUAAUGCCUUUGUGAAAUGUUAUUGUUCUGUAUUUUUAUUAAAGUGUACUAUGUUGAUAUGA